AUGACGGCUGCGGAGCAUGAAACCGUUGACAAGUUACCCUUCACUGCUGUGGCCGCUCCAGAUUCUUAUCAAAGCGCUGAAGAUGGAACAGUUGGGACUGAAAUAGGUAGUGCGCCAUCAAAUCACGUCUUUCAUGCACAUCAAAAGGAUACAGGACCACCUGCGACAAAGAAGGAACUGUGGUCGUAUUAUGCAUACUAUGCAGGAAAUAAUGGAAUCGGCUCUUUUCAAUACUCGAGUCUUCUCUUCCAGAACUUGAUAUACCAAGCCGGUUUUAACCCAAACGUCUUGCCAUUGGGUAGCGCACCUUGCGGCGAUGAUACCCCUUGCCAUGUCUUCUGGAAUGGAGGCACAAAAGCAUACACAUCGGUGGUGUUGAUAGCAUCAGGAUUGACCUUCGUUUCGCAAGCUGUUCUCUUCCUCUCGAUUGGGAGUUUGGCAGAUUUCGGUAAUUGGAAUCCAUGGGUUGUUAGAUUGUUUUCCCUUCUUUCAUUCGCCUUUGAAUUCGGGUUCUUGGGAGUACAAUAUGCACAUCAAUGGAGAAUCGCCAUGGCUCUUUACAUUAUCAGCAGUGUUACUUGGUGGUCUUCCUAUGUUUUCUUCAACGCGAUAUUUCCCAAACUUGCCCACGACCUUCCCGAAGUUCAUAAAGCGAGAGAAGAUUAUGCACAAGGUACAUUGACAGAACAAGAAUACGAAGACAAGUGCUCAAUGGCAAGAUCCAAGGUUAUGAAUAUAAGUUAUGGGUGGAAUAAUGUGGGAUUCACAAUCUGUGGAGCUUUAGCAUUGGCAGCCUUAGCAGGAAUUGGUGCGAAUGAUUCCACACAACAAAACAAUUGGGGAUACUCUGUAUCUGUCGCUGUCACGACUGGAUGGUGGAUUAUUCUUGCCAUUCCAUGGUUCAUCUGGGAAAAGAAGCGACCGGGACCACCUCUACCAAAGGGUGACAAUUAUCUUACCUUUGGUUUCAAGCAAACCUAUUUCGCCGGAAAACAGGUAUGGAAGUUGAGACAAACUUUCUACUACUUGAUUGCAUUCUUCUUAUUGGCAGAUGGAGUCGCUACAUUACUUACACUCGUCUCAAUCGCGCAAACGCAAGUUGUUCAAUUCUCCGCGACACAAAAUACCUAUCUCAUCAUGGUUCAAGGUGGCUCAACUACAGUCGGAGUCUUCGGUGCCUAUUAUCUUCAGGAAACACUCAAGAUCCGUACUAAGACCAUGCUACAAUUUUGCAAUUGUGGUUGUGUACUCAUUGCGCUUUGGGGAAUGAUAGGUUUGUGGACCACCAAGUUUGGUUUCCAUAACGAAUGGGAGUUUUGGCUCUUUCAAGCACAAUAUGGAAUUACCCUUGGUGCUCAAUUUCCAUAUGGACAAGCAUUCAUGGCAGAAUUAGUACCCAAAGGUAGAGAAUAUUUGUUCUUCAGUCUUUUAGGUAUUGUCUCCAAGGGAUCAGCAUGGAUUGGACCCAUUGUUUCAAGUGCUAUUGUUGAUCGCAAUGGCAGUGAAUGGGCAGCAUUUCCUUUCGUGGCAGCAUUGAUAUUUGUUCCUACGGUUGCAAUCUUUUGGAUCAGUGAGACAAAAAGUAGAGUUGAAUGUGCAGAGUAUUUAGAAAGGGAGAGGACGGACUUACAAAAGAUUAGAGAUAAUGAUUUGAACACAGGCAGAUCUGAUUCUACGGAGAGUAGUAGAGGAUUGGAUAAGUCGACAUAA